UCAACAAGAAAACAAUCAAAAGGAAAAAGCUCAAACAAACAUAACAAACUUCAACUCUUUCUGCUCGUACCUGAAAUGUUUCAGCUCCUCUUUCUCUUCGUCUGCCUUACCUCAAUAACUUCAACAUCAUCAUCACUAUCUCCAACUUACAAUGAUAUUUACUGUCCAAACAACACAACCUUCGAUUCCAACAACAAAACAAUACUCAAAUCAAAUCUCAAUGUCCUCCUCUCCUCUCUCGUCACCAACGCCACGCUAGGCGGAGCGGAUUUUUACUCAACCUUCAUGGGAUUGGGAACAACCAACGUUGUCAACGGUGUUUUCCUCUGCCGUGGUGACAUUAACUCCACCAUGUGCCAGAGUUGUAUAACCACCGCAGCUAGAGAUAUUACACGCCUCUGUCCUAACAAAACGGAGUCGAUUAUAUGGUAUGACGAAUGCAUGCUGCGUUACACUAAUCGUUACUUUAGCCCCACGAGUAUCGUCCCAAGAGCGAAUUUGAACAACGGAAAGAACAUCACUUCCUCGAAAUUGGAUACCUUUAAUGGAAAGUUGUUAAGUUUCUUGGAUAGAUUGGCUACAGAAGCUGCAAAUUCUCAGACUACGGAGCAAUUCGCGACUGGAGAAGAUAACUUCAACUUAAGCAUAAGCAGCUCUUUGGUUUAUGGGUUGGCGCAGUGUGUCAAUGGAUUGACGAAGGUUGAGUGUGAGGGGUGUUUAGUAAAUGCGUCGAGAACUCUUCUUACAUGUUGUGAAGGAAAACAAGGUGCUAGAGCUCUUCUUGCAUGGUGUAAUAUCAGAUAUGAUUCCUACAAGUUUUACAAUACAACCGAUGAUUCAUCUUCGCUUCCUCCUCCUUCCGGAAAGAACAAGUCCGGGUCAAAAACAAGAACGGUCUUGAUUGUUGUCAUUGUUACCGGGUCAAUAAUUCUGUUAUGUUUAGGCUGCUAUUUCCUCAUGAGAAGAUUAGCUUGGAAGAAAUAUAAAACUCUUAUGAGAGAAAAUUUUGGUGAUGAAAGUGCGGCGUUAGAGUCACUGCAAUAUAGUUUAGCGACAGUUGAAGCAGCCACAAAGAAAUUUUCAUCAGAGAAUAAAAUAGGCAAGGGGGGAUUUGGAGAGGUUUACAAGGGUAUUCUUAUAGAUGGAAGGCAAAUAGCUGUGAAAAAGCUAUCACUGAGUUCAGGACAAGGUGCAGUAGAGUUCAUAAAUGAGGUUUUACUAAUAGCCAAACUUCAGCAUAGAAAUUUGGUAACCUUAGUAGGCUUUUGCUUGGAAGACCAAGAGAAAAUGCUCAUUUACGAAUACGUGCCCAACAAAAGUCUCGAUUACUUUCUAUUUGAUCGUAACAAGACUAGAUUACUACAGUGGUUUGAACGUUAUAAAAUCAUCGAAGGAAUUGCACAUGGCAUACAUUAUCUACACAACCAUUCAAGGUUGAAGAUUAUUCAUCGAGAUCUUAAACCUAGUAAUGUAUUGUUAGAUGAUAAUAUGAAUCCUAAAAUAUCUGAUUUCGGCAUGGCAAGAUUGGUUGCCCUAGAUCAAGAUCAGGGAAGUACAAACAGAAUUGUUGGAACAUAUGGCUAUAUGUCUCAAGAAUAUGCAAUGCAUGGACAAUUUUCAGAAAAAUCAGACGUAUUCAGUUUUGGAGUCAUAAUUUUGGAGAUAAUUAGUUCAAAAAGGAAUGCCCGUUCUCUUUUAUCAGAUAGUGACGAUGACCUAUUGAGCCAUGCUUGGAAACAAUGGAUGAAUCAUACACCAUUAGAACUAGUAGACCAAGAUAUAAAAGAAUCAUGCAACCAUAGUGAAUUGGUUAAGUGUAUUCAAAUUGGAUUAUUAUGUGUUCAAGAGAAACCUGAUGAUAGACCUACAAUGGCAACAAUUGUUUCGUAUCUCACUAGCCCUUCCGCGGAGUUGCCAUUUCCAAGAGAGCUGACAGAGUCUAUGCGCAGUGGAAUACUGCAAAAGAUUGUAAGAGAAGGGUUUAGUUCGACUUCUAUAUCAACAUUCAAUGAAAUAAGUACAUCAGUAAGUUCUGCAUUUUCUGCCACUGCUUAGAAGUUAGAAUUCAUGUAAAUUUGUUACUUCCAAAUUUUGUGUUGUAUAUUGCAUAUAUCAUGUUUGAAUUGAAUCACAAUAAUUUUUAAAUAUCGAUGAUUCAAAUUACCUUGAAGCCUAUGCGGUUAACAGAAAGUUUGUGUUUAGUGCACUUUUUUUUAUCAAAGUUCAGAGAAUGCUGACAGAUGCACUUACAGAUUUUUCAUCUGGGAGAUCCUCACAUGAGUAGCAGAAUUUGAAUCUAGUUAUACCUUUGUAAUUACCGAAAAAUACAUAUUUUUCAAUAUAGCUGAAGAAAGAAGAUGAGAUGAUGGACUCACAGUUUACAUCUUGGACAAUCUUCUUAGCAUUUGCCACAUUCAGAAAACAUCUGCUUGAAAUCUCCCAUUAUAUAGUCUUGGAUUUCCUUAGAAAAUAGAAAUGUGGAAUUUAAAAGUAUCUCAAUCUCGACAAAGUGGACACCGCAUUCUUAAUGUCUCGAAUAGUUAAGUUAUAACACCCAAGCAAAUCCAAGAUCUCGAGGUUAGGACUUAGGACACCCCUGACAUAUUGAUUU